AUGGCCACCGAUGUGGUUAAGCACGAGCUUCAAGAGGUGAAGGAGGAGUUUGUAGAGGAUGUGAAGCAAGAGGAAGGAUUCGCCCCAUCGACCGCGUCUCUCUCUGUAUCGCCGUCGCCCAGCAAGUCGCCGUUGCCCACGCCCACCUCCUCCACCUCACCGAAUAAGAUGAUGAAAUCCCCUGCCAAUGGAUCAAAGGGGCAGGCCUCGGGGUCAAGGCGGCCGGCUCGCAAGAGCACUCUCACGCAGCAGCAGAAGAACCAGAAGCGGCAACGCGCUACACAGGACCAGUUGACGACACUCGAGCUCGAAUUCAACAAGAACCCGACGCCCACAGCCAACGUGCGCGACAGGAUAGCGGAAGAGAUCAACAUGACGGAGCGGUCCGUGCAGAUUUGGUUCCAGAACAGACGCGCUAAGAUCAAGAUGUUGGCUAAGAAAAGCCUCGAGAGCGGAGAGGAUAUGGACUCGAUCCCCGAGUCGAUGCGCCAGUAUCUUGCAAUGCAGGCCAUGGAAUCGGGCAAAAGCAUCCCGGGAUUUUUUGGGCGCCCUGGCAUGAUGCCUUAUGGGCAACAGGGGCUGAUGGGUGGUGAGCAGUCAGGGCCUGGGAAAGUUUUGAUCCACCAUCUUAACUGUCGCUCGCUCACCAUCGGUAGGUGGAUGCGGGUCGGACAGAACGCCAUGGACUUGAUCAUCUUCUAUUCCCCGGACAAGUGCACGAUGACCUACUACAUCAACAAUGACCAGGCUGGAUACAAGAUCGAGUACCCGUUCUCCCACAUCAAGACAAUCUACCUCAAUCAAGAGCAAGGUGACCAACACGCCGGCAUCACGAUUGAGCUCCUCCAGCCGCCGAUGUUCUACAUGGACUCGUCGACGACCGCGACCUUCAUUCAAGUCCACGACUUUACCGAAGACCAUCAAGCGUCGCGGGUCCUGACCCACCACCUGGGUGGCAACCCCAAGGUUCUGAGUGGCCAACUUGCUAAACUGAUUAGCCUGGAUACCUUCAUGCGCCGCCACGAUGCUACUGCCCCUCUCUUUGACCAGCUUCACCCGCUGUCUAUGUCGGCCCCGGUUUCACCCGCUCGCCCGUCGUCGCAACCGAACUUCGCGCAGCCUCACGUGGGUAUGUUCCAAGAAUCACAGUGGGGCAUUCAAGCCCAACAGACCAUGAUGAUGCGUGGGCCAGGCCACAAGAGGCAGCGUAGUCGCAGUGUCCCCGGCCCGAUCGACUUCCAGACGAUGCAGUUUCUUCAGCAUCCCCCAAGCUUCCACAUCACCCAGCCAGAGCACCAACCAGCACCGACGCACAACCCCAACAUCUUCAGCCCCAUUCCCCAGCAGCCCAAUAUGCUCGGCCCUGUUGGACCAAACCUACGUAUUGAUACGCGGGCCGGAUUUGGUUCUGUGGACAUGCGGGCGUACCCCCUUUCCGCCACGACAGCGCCGUCGCCCUCGGAGUAUUCGAGCCCGAAUUUCUUUGCAACCCAAGGACCUGACAAUGGUGGGAUCCCAGCCCCAACGUUCACGCCCUACAGCAGCACCUUUUCGCCUUUGGUCAACCCCGCCAACCUUGGCGUGCCACCCUCGAUCUCGCCGCUGUCAUUCAACCAUUCUGACCCGGCAAUCGCUGGGGAGUCGCCGCCCAUGUCGAUGCCGGCCAUUUGCGAGGGAUCCGCGAUCGCAGACGAGCCUGCAAACCUGAACGAAAUGUACCCGGCUGGCAAGCCGUCCAUGACACUCCCGCUUCACCCUCACUCUCCCUUUGUCGAGCCGAACCAAGCCGACGUGGAGCUCAACCAGUUCAUGGAUCUCAAGCGUUUUGAUACGGAACAGGCCUCUCUCUCUCCUGAGAGCGUCCAGGCGCAGUAG